AUGUCCACAGAUACGAGCCACCCGCCAAGGUACGCCGGGUUCAUUGCGGGCGUGUUCUCGGGUGUCAUGAAAAACGCUGUCGGCCACCCGUUCGACUCGGUCAAAGUGCGUCUCCAAACCUCCGAGGGCCGCUUCAAAGGCCCCAUCGACUGCACUCUGAAAACUCUGCGCUACGAAGGAGUUAGAGGACUCUACAAGGGCUUCACGCCACCGCUCGUUGGCUGGGUCCUUAUGGACUCCGUCAUGCUUGGCUCGCUCACACUGUACCGCCGGCUGGUGAAGGACAAUCUAUACCCAACAGAGAAAAAGCUGCCUCUCGCAGGCUGCUGUCUCGCCGGUCUCGGAUCUGGACUCACAGUGUCCUUUGUGGCUGCCCCGAUAGAACAGCUGAAGGCGCGAUUGCAGGUCCAAUACGACGCGAAAACCAAGCAAUUUACGGGGCCGAUCGACUGUCUGAUAAAGUUGGUCAAACAUGACGGCCUGCGCACGCUGUACAAGGGCCUAGUGCCGACCAUGAUCUUCCGAACCAACUUCAUUGUCUGGUGGGGGUCGUACGAGCUGAUCACGACGUGGCUCAAGGAAAACACCAGCAUGAGCACGGCGGCAGUCAACUUCUGGGCCGGCGGCCUGAGCGCGUCGUGCUUCUGGGUCACGGCGUACCCGGCCGACGUGGUGAAAAAUGUGAUAAUGAUCGACGACGUGAAAAACCCCAGAUUCAAGAGGUAUUUCGACGCGGUGAAGUUUGUAUACACGGAGCGCGGGCUGCGCGGGUUCACGCGGGGUUUCAUGCCCAGCAUCCUGCGCAGCUUCCCGGCCAAUGCGGCGGCCCUGGCCGCGUUCGAGUUCGUCAUGCGGCUAUUUUAG